AUGACCUCCGCUCCAAGGAACAGACAACUGAUUCAACUUGAACUCACAGGAACAGAUGUAAUCAAGGUGGACCCUUGGUUGGAGCCGUUCUCCGCUGGUCUCAAAGCCCGGUAUGCGGCUUACAGCAAGACCCUCGCGCAGAUAGAAAAGUAUGAAGGAGGCUUGGCGCAUUUCGCCGAGGGAUACAAAUCGAUGGGAUUUCAAGUGGACGCUGAGCAGGGAGUCAGAUACCGAGAGUGGGCGCCAAACGCAGUAGAAGCAAGCUUGAUUGGCGAAUUCAAUGGAUGGUCACACGCUGCGAAUCCCAUGACCAAGUCUGAAUACGGCGUGUGGGAAUGCUAUGUUCCCCCCAAGUCUCCUGGCGUUUGCGCUAUCCCCCAUGACUCCAUGGUGAAAGUCUCCAUGAAACUGCCUUCCGGUGUGACGAUCGAUCGUAUCCCAACAUGGAUCCGACGAGUGACUCAAGAUCUCAACAUCUCCCCUAUCUACGAUGGGCGCUUCUGGAAUCCUGGUCCGGAGUCCCUUUACACCUUCAAGAACGGGCAUUCAAAGAGGUCCGUCGACGGACUUAAGAUUUACGAGGCACACGUCGGAAUUUCGAGUCCCAAUAUGCGAGUGACAACUUACAAAGAAUUCGAGGUCGAUGUGUUACCUCGCAUCCAAAAACUAGGCUACAACUGUAUCCAAAUGAUGGCCAUCAUGGAGCACGCAUAUUACGCUUCAUUCGGAUACCAAGUGACCAACUUCUUCGCAGUCUCUUCGCGUUACGGUACUCCGGAGGAGCUCAAGUCCCUCAUCGACAAAGCUCACGAACUGGGCAUGACUGUGCUACUCGAUGUUGUACACUCCCACGCUUGCAAAAAUGUGCUUGAUGGCAUCAACAUGUUCGACGGAACGGAUCACCUGUAUUUCCACGAAGGUAGUCGAGGUCGUCACGAGCUUUGGGACUCAAGGCUAUUCAACUAUGGUCACCAUGAAGUUCUCCGCUUCCUGCUAUCCAAUCUCCGCUUCUACAUGGACGUGUACAUGUUUGAUGGAUUUCGAUUCGACGGCGUGACGAGUAUGAUGUACCAUCACCACGGCAUUGGUACUGGCUUUUCUGGGGGUUAUCAUGAAUAUUUCGGCGAAUCUGUUGACCUGGAAGCAAUGGUCUACUUGAUGCUGGCAAACCUACAAAUAAUUGAUCUCCUUCAGGCCAAUUCUAUGUUGCACGACAUUUACCCGAAUGUUGUCACCAUUGCUGAGGAUGUUUCUGGGAUGCCCACACUCUGUCGGCCCGUGGCCGAAGGAGGCGUUGGCUUUGACUACCGCUUGUCGAUGGCAAUUCCUGACAUGUGGAUCAAGAUGCUCAAAGAACAGUCCGAUGACGAAUGGGAUAUGGGCAAAAUCGUUCAUACCCUCACGAAUCGUCGUCACCUCGAGCGAAGCGUAGCAUACGCAGAGAGUCACGAUCAAGCACUCGUUGGUGACAAGACUUUGGCUUUCUGGCUCAUGGACAAAGAGAUGUACGACUUCAUGUCUGAUUUGAGCCCCCUCACUCCCAUUAUCGACCGUGGAAUCGCCCUGCAUAAAAUGAUCAGGUUUGCCCAAUUGCUGGUGCACACUUUGGGAGGAGAAGCAUACUUGAACUUCGAAGGCAAUGAAUUCGGCCAUCCGGAAUGGAUGGAUUUCCCGCGAGAGGGAAACGGGAAUUCGUUUGCGCACGCUCGACGACAAUUUAAUCUCGUCGACGAUCACCUUUUGCGAUACAAAUAUCUGCAUGCCUUUGAUGCAGCAAUGAACAAUCUCGAGGAGAAAUAUCGGUGGCUCCAAGCUCCUCAGGCAUAUGUCUCAUUAAAACAUGAGGGCGACAAAGUGAUUGCCUUCGAAAGGGAUGGUCUGCUGUUUGUCUUCAACUUCCACCCGACGAAUUCGUUUGCCGACUAUCGGGUUGGGGUAGACAUUCCUGGCAAAUACAAGGUGAUUCUGGCUACUGACGACAAAGAAUUUGGAGGACACGGACGUGUGGAACACAGUGUCGACUUUUUCACGACUCCCAUGGAGUGGAACAACCGCAAGAACUGGUUGCAGGUCUAUAUUCCAAGCCGAACCGCUCUCGUGCUUGGGCCAGCGCAAUGAUGAACGGCUCUGACUCAGACUGGUGUGAACGACUUCGAAUAAUUGAUGUGAAUGAAGUGUAUGACAUGCAUGAAUUGAGGGCCCAGAUGAACCUGCAUACUGUCUGCAAGGCGACAUCCGUUGUGUUCAGAACAUCAGAUACCCGCAGGUAGAUUUACCGGGUCUUGAAGCUACGCAGAGCAUAAGUGGGAUAUUGAACAACAUCCUUGCUCAAACGACUGCAGGGGAUGUGGGGUUGUGUGACAAGCUCUACUAGAGCAGGGAACAGGAGCUUGUCAGGGUUGAAGGGGUGCGUUGAGGGGGUGCAGGCCACUGUUUCUCCAUCCAUUUUGAAUGUUCUUCUGUGACAUCACCAUUUCUCUCUCCAGAAACAGCUGUGCU